AUGUUAACAUGCCAUGUGAUUUAUAAAGCUUCAGCCACAUGGCCCGAUCUCAAAGACACGGCCCAGUUUGAGAGAGCGGCCUCAGCUAUAAUGGGGGGGAGACCAGCUGCACGUCUUGCUGUAGUUGUGGUUGCUGCGAUUGCUGUGAUUGCUGCGAGUGCAACUGUAACCAAGGCUGCAGCAGCGGCAAUGGAUCGUGCUGCGGUUGCUGUUGCUGUUGCAGAAACGACAACGACAAUUGGAAUCCUGGAAACGUUAAUCCUGGCCCUGAGAUUAUCGAUAAUAAUCCCGGUGGAGUGGUCAUUGUCGAACCAAGACCUGGUGGAAGAUGGUGAUAAACUAACAUCGAUAGAAUUUUAA